AUGGCCUCGCUGGCGAUCCCCGACGAGCUACUAGUGGACAUUUUCCUCCGCCUCCCCACCCCAGAGGACCUCAUCCGCGCCUCCGCCGCCUGCGUCUCCUUCCGCCGCCUCGUCGCCGACCGCUCCUUCCUCCGGCGCUUCCGCAAGAUCCACCCCCCGCCCCUCCUCGGCUUCCUCGACUCAGGUCGGCACCUCUUCCACCCCGCCGUGCCGCCUCACCCCUCCGCGCCGGCGGCCAGCGCCGUCGCCCUCGCCGCCGACUUCUCCUUCGCCUUCCUCCCCGCCCCCGCCCGGGACUGGUCCGUGCGGGAAGUCCGCGACGGCCGCGUCCUCCUCGACAGACCCCGCCGCCACGACUCCGUCGAUGGGUUCGGAGCCCUCUUCAAGGAGAUGGUGGUGUGCGACCCCUUGCACCGGCAGUAUCUCCUGCUCCCCCCAAUCCCCGAUGACCUAGCCGCUUCGGUCGUGGACCAACUCCUGAUACAAGGGCAUUGCCUCGCCGAGACCUUCCUCGUCCCUCCCGGCAACGGCGACGAGGAGGAGGAGGAGGAGGGGACAUCAUUCCGGGUGAUCUGGAUGGGGCUGUUUGAAGCUAAGCUAGUGGCCGCUGUCUUCUCUUCCGGCACAGGGAAAUGGCGAGCCUUUUCAAGCGAGUUGUUGCUGGGCUUCCUGUUAUGGUCGUGGAUGGAUCUCUUCAUGUCGCGCCAUUAUGCACAUGGUUGCUUCUACUGGGUUUCAGGUUCAAUUGUAAAAUUGCUAGUGCUUGACAUUCAGAGGAUGGAGUUCUCCAUGGCUGACCACCCACCCUGUGCCAGAGCUUCGAGCGAUGAUGUGGCCAUCGUGGAGGCAGGCCAAGGCAUGAUUCGGAUGUUUGGGCCUAAACACGACACAUCUCGCCUUAAAUAUAACGUUUGGCGAAACAAUGCUGGGAUUUCUACCCAGUGGCAGAUGGAGGAGAAGACGUUCUCGCUGGAUUCUGGGUCCUUGCUCACGGGUGCGGUGGGGAGGCACUUGCUCCUAUAUCAGUGUGGAAGCUCGUCGGUCCAGACAGGUGGUUUCACGCUCGACGUCGACACAUCCCAGGUUGAGAGGGUGUGUGCAUCAUUUCCCGCACCGUCACACGUAUAUUGCAACUUCCCACCAUCGUUAUUAUCGUCACCGACAGUGUCAAGUGGCGCACGCCAUGCUGACGUCCAGGGAGCUGGGGAAUCUGUGCCAGCGCCUGAAGUACAGGAAGCUGGCCCUGGGGGUGCGCAAGGCACUGUCCUCCCAGUGGUCGUUCAAGUUUCAAACCACUUGUUCGUCGUCGUCAACGAUGCCGAGGCGCGUCGUGCUGUGGCGAGGGAAAGGAGGACAGGCACACACCAUGCUGCUGAUGUCCAGGGAGCGGGGAGCGCUGAUGUCCAGGGAGCCGAGCUAGAGAGGGCGCGCGAGGAGACAAGGAGCCAGAGUAGCAGUACCAAUGCGUCCACGACGACCAAGGGCGUCAGAGGGUUGGAUGAGUGA